UCGUCUUUUGGAAACAUCCCUGUUUUAGUGAUGAAUAAAGCUUUCUCAAUGCUUGUUUCUUAUACAUAGAAAGAAAGGUCUGGGAUUUUGGAAAAGCUAAACCAAAAAAAAAAAAAACAAAAUGAACGAAAAGUCAUAUUUUGCUCCUAUUUCAAAGAGGUUGAAAGGCAAAGUAGCCAUCAUAACUGGUGGAGCAGGCGGCUUCGGAGAGGCGACGGCAAGACUCUUUGUCCAACAUGGUGCCAAAGUCAUAAUCGCUGAUGUGCAAGACGAAAAAGGAGUGGCCUUAUGCAGCGAAAUAUUGGCUUCUAGUAGUACCGCAUCUAAUGGGGAUUAUGAUAGUGAUGGACACGGUCAAAGCACAGAAGAAAUAAUCUCCUACGUCCAUUGCAAUAUCUCCGAUGAAACAGACAUGAAAAACCUCAUUGAUCAAACCAUUUCCAAGUAUGGAAAACUCGACAUAAUGUUCAAUAACGCAGGAAUAUCAGGAGAUAUAAACUCUACUAUAUUAGGCACAACGAGUGAGAAUUUCAACAAGGUGUUCAAUGUUAAUGUGUAUGGAGGUUUCUUAGGGGCUAAGCAUGCAGCUAGGGUAAUGAUUCCAAGAAAAUCAGGUGUCAUUCUAUUCACUGCAAGUUUGGCAUCAGUGAUAGGAGGCCAAUCACCUCAUGCCUACACAAUGUCAAAGCACGCCAUAGUUGGUUUGAUGAAGAACUUGUGCGUAGAGUUGGGUCAACAUGGUAUAAGGGUAAAUGCUAUUUCUCCUGGAGGUGUUGCUACACCAAUAUUAGUGAAUGCAUUAGGUAUGGAUAAAGACACAGUCGAUGAGUUGUUGUGCCAAGCUACGGUUCUCAAAGGCGUGACACCGGAUGUUCAGGAUGUUGCUAAUGCCGCCUUGUAUUUGGCAAGCGAUGAGUCUAAGUUCGUCACUGGUGUUAAUUUCAUGAUUGAUGGCGGUUCUGCCAUCACUAACCCCUCCUUCUCCUUUGUGCUCCAAAAUUUUCUUGCAUCACAAGGUUAUACUUCUUGACGGGACUUACGACUUAAUAAAGUUGUACUUGUGGCCCUCUCAUAAAACAUAUUCAAAACCUCAAAAUUACCACUCAAAGACUUCUUCAUUUUUGUUCAACUAUUUGCCAUCCUACUUGUUGUAAUCAAUAAUAUCUUAUACUUAUUCUAAGCUCUUAAGUUAUCUUCUACAAGUCAGAGACAAAUGUAUUGUAUAUUUGUAUGGUAUCAUGUCUGCAAUGAGAAGACUAAUUAAGGCUCAACUAGUGAGUCUUUAGCCCAGUUGUUAAGGUUGAGGGAAUGUAUAAUAUCUCUAUAUGUCA